GAAAAAACCAAAGCCAAGAAGAAGAAGAAAGAGAAAGCCAUGGCUUCUCGAGCUCUCUCUGCUCUCCCAAUCCCAACCUCAUUCUCCCCUUCGUCCUCCAAGCCCUACUUCCCCUCCUCUCUCUCCCAUCCUCUUCGCCUCCGCCUCAGAACCCUGCGUCGCCCGCUCUCCCUAACUCCCCGCCGAACCAUCACCACCAUGGUCCUCUCUAUGCUCCCCACUGCAAAGCCGGAGAGAGCCGCCUCCGCAGAGAAGAUCCCCAAGUGGUCUGCGAGGGCGAUUAAGUCGUUUGGCAUGGCUGAGCUUGAAGCUAGGAAGCUUAAAUACCCUAACACUGGAACUGAGGCUCUUCUUAUGGGGAUCUUAGUUGAGGGUACUAGUGAAGCAGCAAAGUUUCUCAGAGCAAAUGGAAUCACACUUUUCAAAGUACGAGAGGAAACUGUGAAUUUGCUUGGAAAAUCAGACCUAUACUUUUUUAGUCCAGAACAUCCACCCUUGACCGAACCAGCUCAGAGGGCAUUAGAUUGGGCUGUUGAUGAGAAGAUCAAAUCAGGUAAAGAUGGAGAAAUAACGACAACACAUAUGCUACUUGGUAUAUGGUCUGAGAAAGAAUCUGCUGGUCAUAAGAUACUUGCCGCUCUUGGUUUCAACGACGAGAAAGCAAGUGAAUUGGCCAAAUUUUUAAGUUGAUCUGGUUAUUCGCCAUUUGAAGCACAGCCCUUGUGCCAGUCUUUGCUUGGCAUAAUUAUUUUUGGAGGUUUACGAUCUUAUUGCGAGGUAAAUCAUGAUGGUUUAGUUUGCGCUAAGCCAUCAAUACGACAUCAGCAAAAUUCUUGCGUGUUUGGUUUACGAGAUUGAAAACCUAAUGCAAUUUGUAUGUUUUCUUGACAAAAUUCUUGAUAACGAACUCGGUCUUUGUCCAUUGCCCAUUGAUAUAACAUUAUUGAUAAAUCACUAUGUGCUGUUGAUUGAAUUCAAACCAGGAAGUGAUAGUUUUCAUUCUCUGUUUGUCUCACCAGUGCAAACUUUGGAAAGUUUAGGAUCUGGUGGUUUUGUGCAUGUACUUGUUUUGUUGAAUUUUACAAUGUUCAGACUUGUCUGCAUACCUUGGAAUGUUUGUUA